AUGGAGCAAAUACUCGGCUCCAGCUCCAACUCUUACCCAGGCUUGGGCAAGAUUCUGAGACAUAGGGCGGAUCCCUGGAAUGUGGAGGAAUUCUAUCCUUUAGGCAUCCAUCCCAACUACGGUGGUUCCACAUCGGAGAUACUCUUUGUUCGGGAGGUCGCCAUGAUGAUCGUCAUGGAUCGCCUAUCCGACAAGCCUGACUUCCACCGCAAGGUCUUUGACGAUGCAAUUGUCGCCAAGUGGAUUGACGAGGCGCUCGCGAUACCCGAUGAUUCCUUUUGGGAUGAAAUCGUUCUAGGCAACGAUGGCCCAAACGGCCAAAAGGUUAAGAGACUCAAGAAUAUCCUAGACAAAGACUGUCUCGAAUACUGCAUCCAGGAAUUACGUGCCAAGGCCAAGUACUUCGAGAAGACGGGGCUGGUUCCAACCUUGGACGCGUCUGCAGCAGUCUGCAAAUCCGACACGCUGAUUGAUGAGGCGCUUCGAGACGAGUUGCGGGCCGCGUUUGUGAAGCUUCAGGCGGAGCAAGAGUCUGCUCCAGACUGGCAUCCCCGCACGGACGACAAAGUGCAGGAUCUGGUUCAUCCUUCGCUUUACCCGCUGGUAUACGGAACCACCCGGGUGUUUGCCGACGAGGUUGUGGGUGUGGAUGAUGCGAUCGACAAAUGGGCCGGGAAAGGCAAUGUCAUUCCUGAGCCCAUAGGCCCUGAACAGGUUAUUGACGGGUUUGACGGGUACGGGGCGUCUCUUAUUGACCUUACCUUCUGGUCUGAGAAGUAUCAGUGGCUUCCUGCCAAUGUCAAAUUCCAACCAGACGGAAGCGUCAAGUUUACCAGCUACAUCAACAAUCUCCACCCGCUCAAGCACAGAGAGAUUUACGGCACGAUUGAGAAGCUUAUUGAAAAGGCCAUCCCAGCUUGGGAUACCUGUGUUCCCUCUUUUCGUGAUUGGAACGGCGAAGUCGGUGGAAGGCCUUCCCGUUUCCCAUUUCCAGAUGACCCUGAUGAUCAUAAUGAAGAUAACUGGGCCCCGAAGCUCGAUGAGGUAGAAACGCCAAGGCAUUCGAGAGCACCAUCAGAAGCUGAAGUACCAGGCGAUGAAAGUGAUGCUGAGGAAGGAUUAGACGAAGACGGCCAGUAUGAACACUGGGAUUACCCUUACAGUGGAACCCCUAAGGAGGUCAAAUGGAAAAUGAUUCGGCAGCCGGUCCAACCUCAGCCCCUUAAGUUUGGAGCUUGGAAAUAUGGACCCAGCCAGGGCGAGUCUCUCAGGGAAAGAUUUGAUGGGCUUCAGAUCAUUGUAAAAAUGGCUUCCAUCGAGUUAACACCUGAGAAACCCGAGUUUCCAGUCGGUGGUUGGCAUGUGGAGGGCCAAAUGAACGAGCACAUUGUUGGCACAGCACUCUAUUACCUGGACUCGGAAAAUAUCACCCCUAGUCAUCUACAGUUUCGGAUGCAUACAACGUACGAAAUCGAGUACAAAUUCCACGUUGGUCAGGAUGGCUACAAGUGGAUGGAACGUGUCUAUGGUACUCAACUUGGGGUGGGCCAGGAUGCUCCGUGCCUGCAGAACUAUGGGAGCGUGGAGACAAAGGAAGGCAGACUGCUCGCUUUCCCCAACGUCUUUCACCAUAGGGUCUCCCCCUUUGAGCUGAAGGACAAGACAAAGCCGGGCCAUCGACGAUUCAUCGCGUUGUGGCUCGUAGAUCCAUUGACUCGCAUCAUCAGCACAGCCAAUGUCCCCCCGCAGCAGCAGGAUUGGUGGAUGGAUCGAGCAUUCAUGAACCUAAAAGCAGCAGAGGCUAACAAGGUCGCUAGCCCUAUUACCCAAACGAUUCUAGACAAAGCUCCCUCGGCCGAUAGCUCUGGUCUCAAGGCAGCUGCAGAGGGAGACACGCAUGCCCUGCCUGUAGAGCUGAUGGAUAUGCUUGCAGAUGAGUUCGACGGAGCACUUCCAAUGAGUCUUGAGGACGCAAAAGAGCAUCGGUUGAAGUUGAUGGAUAUUAGAACUCGUUUCCAAGGGGACGCGGAGGAUCGGUGGGAAGGUCAAACCUACAGCUUUUGUGAACACUAA